GGUCGGGAUCGGGUAUACCUGAAACCCGCGGACUAAAUUUGCAGGCCUAGUGGUUUCUUCUAGCCGGACCUCAUGUGGUAGGAUUGGCAUUAGCCGAGUUAGGCGCCGUUUUUGUUGCCAUACAACAAGCCUUGGUUAUAUGUAUUGGCACAAAAGGCUCGGGAUAAGUGACUUACACACCCAGAAAAUGGCCAUGCCAGUUUUUGGGCCGGGCAUGGCUGUAUCCCGAUUGGCUCAGGUUGUAAUGAGAGCUAACUUGAUCUAAGUUAGCAAUUAAUUAUUGAGUAAAAGUUUGAUGAUAUUUAACUAUGUCGAGCUUGAAAAGGGUGAAAUUUACAAAUAAGAUACUAGUGACUGAAACGAAACCAUGUUUUCUUGAAUUCUGGAACAACGCAAAAAAAGUGACAAUCAGAGGAUCAUGCAAAUAUCACAUAAAAAAAGCCGCACAAGAAACAUAGUAUCACUAAACAAACUCAACUAACUAAAACAAAUGUAGCUACUUAUAUAAGCCUCACUGGAAACUCCUCUGUUUCCACAUCAAAAUGAGCCGCUUCCUUCACAUACUCGCCCUCCUCUUGUUCGUCUCAAAAUACGUCGUCUCUGCUCCUUCAUGUGUGCUGGUUGUGAAGGACGUAGCGCCUUGCCUCGAGUACCUGCAGGGAAAAGGUGCCUCCCCUGAGUGCUGCCAAGGGGUGAAUGAUUUAAGUGGCCACGCUAAAACCAAAGAAGAUCGAACCGCCAUUUGUAACUGUGUGAAGCAAGCUCUUUCUUCCUAUAAGUAUGAUCCCAAGCUUAUCCCUCUUCUUCCUAAGAAAUGUGGAUCAAAUCUUGAGUUGCCACCCGUUGAUAAAGACUAUGAUUGCUCCAAGGCCUAGAUUAUGAAGAUGGAGAUAUGAUUUGGUGGAGGUGAUAAAUCUUUAGUUGUUUGGGAAAAAGAAUAAAUAAAUCAAACAAGUUGUAAUAUGAUGAUGUAAUAGAUCCUGUUGAGAUAGAGAAUAAACAUUUGGAUAAAAGAUA